AUGUUGUACGGGCUGCACAAGCGAACUGGAACACUUUUAUCGAGGCUUCAUCAGCACAUUGGUAUCGAAACAGAUGCAGCCCGGACUGGCGACAGUUUGCUGGCUGCCCUUAGCUCGCUAUGCCGAGAUCCAGAAAAGUUUGAGAGACAGCUUCGUCCGGGUAUUCGAGUAUAUUCAUGCCUCCCUCACGAAGUAUCCCGAGAGAGUAAAGAUCUCUUGGAAAAGCUGGCCAAAAUCUCCUAUUCACACGGCAUUUCGAGCAGAAGAAUGUCGUAUGCUUCUAGUUCGGGACCUUCCUUUGCUCCAGUUGCCUCCGCUUAUCCUAAACGCCACCUACCUUGGGCAAGAAAUCGAGUAGAAGCCAUUCAGCCGAUUGUUGCCAGUGCUAUGAAGCGAGCUCUGCCCCCACCAAGUUCGGAAAGUUUUGACGUGUCAAAGAGAACGCAAUCUUCCACAACACACAGGAUGAUAUUGCAAGAAAAUCUUGAGGCUCUAUUUUCUAUGGAGUGUCUGGUCGUCACGGCGUAUUUGGAGGCUGCAACACCAGUAUUGUAUUGUUGCUACGUCUUGGUGAUGGUUCAUCUGCCCAGUGCCCGAUAUCACGCCGAAAUGGCUGGGGUUACAAUGGAGAAUGUAGGCUCAAAGAUCCUUUUCCUGUUCAUCUUUGGCUUGCUCCAAAUUGCAUCAUUCGUGCUGUUGGUUGCAAUGGUCAAGCGAUGA